GACAAAAGAUCGUCUUAUUUUUGUGCCUAUAUAAAUAUUUUAUGUAAUAAUUCAAAGACUGAAGACCAAAAAUGAGUUGUUCUUGGAAAUCUUGAGAAGACCCGUUCACACCGCUACAACAACAUCGUAUUCCAAAACUGUCAACCUCAACCUUGACAGUUUCAGUCAGAGCAAGUGGUAAAAUGUCAGGAUAAAAAUUAUAAAAAAUAUUAUGAUAAUAAGUUUUGGCUCUAAUUUAUUUGUAUAUUUUAUAAAAAGUUUCGUUCUGCGAUAAUCUUGCUUAAGCAUGCACUCAAGGGGCCUUAUUUUUUGGAUAGUUUUUAACGUGUACCUCAAAUAUGUAUCAUCAAAUGAAUACAGUGUUCCCCAACCUGCAGAUACUGCUAGGACUAGCGAAAAUUAUAGAAGUAGUUAUUAUUCGGGAAGUGCGGCUUCAGUUUUCGAAGGAAAGUUCGAUACCUGCAAUGAAGAAGAUUUUGCUUGCUUAGCGAUGGCUCAAAAGGAUAAACUAGGACUUGAGGCUAUAAAACAGUUGCACAAGCAAUUGGACGACGAUAAAGAUGGGACCAUAGAUCUAUCAGAAUCUGAUGAUUUUUUGAAAGAAGAACUGAAGUACAAUUCGGGCGCGGAGAAGAGGCAGAAGAAUUUCCACCGAAACGACGACUAUCACAUUUCUGUCAAAGAAUUAUGGGAAGCGUGGCUGAAAUCAGAAGUCCACAACUGGACUGUGGAGCAAACUUCGGAUUGGCUGACGACUUGCGUGGAGUUACCCCAAUACGUCCCCAAAUUCAUCGAAUUUAGAGUUACUGGUGCUAAUUUACCAAGAUUAGCCGUCAAUAAUGCGGCCUACCUAACCGUCCUGGGCAUUAAAGACCCCAUCCACAAACAAAAAAUUGCCUUGAAGGCUAUGGAUGUUGUCCUUUUCGGACCACCGAAAGAUGUACCCCAUUGGAAGGAUCUAACGCUAAUCUUUCUGACCAUCGCCGGCGGUCUGGGAGCGUGGUACUACUACCAGCAAAACAAGAAGUUCAAGAUCCAUUUGAAUCGAAUGACGAAGGAUAUGGAUAGCCUCCAAAACGCCGAAAAAGCUUUGGAGAAUCUCCAGAAGGAAUUGGAGCAGGCCAAGCAGGCUCAAGAAUCUGUGAUAACCGAAAAACAGGACUUAGAAAAGAAACUACAAGAUUCCAGAAGUGAACUUAACUCGUUGCCUAGUUCCUAUUCGGAUUUAGAAGUUACGCAAUUGAAAGCGGAAAUAGAGAUGCUAAGGACUGAAUUGCAACUUGCUGAGGGCGAACUGAAAGACAGGUGCUGGGCGCCACCAGUAGCCCUCCAGCAGUGGUUGCAGUUAACGCAUGAAAUUGAAAAUAAGUCUUACCUUAAGAAGAAGAUCCAAGCUGAGAAGCAGUUGCAACAAGCAAGAGAAGCUUGCGAAAAACUGAGGAAGAAAAGAUCGAGCCUGGUAGGAGCAUUCGUUUCCACACACGGAAAAUCUAUCGACGAGGUGGACAGAAGCAUAGUCGAAGCCAGAACGGCACUGAACGAAGUAACUCAAGAAUUACAAGAACGAGUCCAUCGAUGGAAACAAGUGGAAAUGUUGUGCGGCUUCAACAUUAUGAAUAACAACGGUUUUACUUUCUUAGAAAACGUUCUUUAUAGGAAUGCCAACGGUCGUGGAGUAGGAUUAAGGGGACGCAUGAGCAGUACUGACGACUUGGACGACGACACGGGGUCUGUCUAUAGCGCCUUCCCAGGGUAUUAUGGUAAAGACGGGGAUUCCUCCAGUAGCGAGACCAGUAAGCAGGAAGACGAAAGCGGUACCAGUGACGCGAAAAUCGGGAGCAAAAGCAACAUCCAUUUUUCUGUCGGCGAUGAAGGGUUUGAUGAAAUUCCUUCACCACCUAGACAUGUGAAUAAGUUAACCACGUACCCUAAAAGCAUCAGCCACAGCCAACUCAACGUGACUGUCGCCAAUCCCAUCAGCAAAGUGAUGACGAGAUCAGUAUCGUCGGAAAUCUCGCCAGUUUACGAAGCCAAAUCCAAAUCAGUGUCCGAGCCUAGUUUAGAAUCCGCCAAAGUAAAGUCUUCCAUACGGCAGAUGACGAUCAAAGAACAACCUGCGUCGUCCGUAGAAGAUGACAUCUGUUCGACCGACUCGUCCAUCUUAGACGAUGAUAUUAAAAAGAAGAAACGCAAAUUGAACUUCUUCACCAAAAAAAGUAAGAACAAAGCGGACUGAUGAGAACCCCGUUCCGAUUUAGUGAAAUUUGUUAUCUAAUUUUAAGACCAGUUGUCCGAGUACUACAUACACCUUGAUCUGUUUAUUUUUAUUAUAGAACUACGCAGUUUCUUUAGUUUGUGCGUACAUUGUGGUUCUUUGGUGCUAUUUUCGGAGUAUUUAUCGUCAUUCAAUGUUUAUACAAUGUAAUGAAUCGAACCACUCUGUAUAUAUUGAUAAUUUUUGAUGAGUCUCAUUAGUACCAUGACGAGAUGUUUGGAAGUAGACUACAAAAGAUACUAAGCAAAUAAAAAUAUAGUGUGCCUUUAGACCUCAAUUUUGAUGAUCGAAAGCUCAAACUGAUCGCACAUUCAGUGGCGUACCAGCGAAGCGUUAGUGUUGCCUACCUUUCAGACAAACUUGCGCCUUCCAUUGUAUAAUUUACUUAUACAAUGGACAGCCUAAGUCUGACGUCACAAAAUUGGGAGGAGCUUAUAUUGACUCCAAACAAUUUUGUUUGUAACGUUAAAUGGUCAUAAGGAAUUUUUCAUUUAUGUGCUUUGUGUGGCAAAAUAAGACUUCAUUUAGGUAUUUCGUUAAAGAAACGUGUUAAUUAAGAGAUUUUUAUUCGUUUUUGCUCAGGUGGUUUGUAUUACUUAGUGGUUGAAAAUAAACAUAACCUCAAAACUGUUCACGUUCUAAUCAUUGCAUUAAAUUAACUCACCUGGGCAAAAACGAAUAAAAAUCUCUUAAUUGACACGCUUCUUGAACUAAAUACCUAAAUUAAAAGUCUUAUUUUGUCACACAAGCCACGUAAACAAUAAAUUAAAAAUUCCUUAUGAGUGUUUAACCUUAUAAACCAAAUUGUUUGGAGUCAAAUAUAAGCUCCUCCCAAUUUUGUGACGUCAAGACUUAGGAUGUCCAUACCGCCAUAGCCACCUUUACUUUACAAGCCAUGAAGAGAAAAAGGCAACGUCGCAAUUGAUGACGUCCGUAGUCCGACUUUCGGACUACCGCUUUCGAAACUACGAUUUUAAAGUGCAAAUUCUGGUAAAAUUUAUAGUAUUUUUUGAGUCGAAUAAGAAAAUAUUAUUAAUUAGAAGUUUGUACAAAAUAAUAUUAAAAGUAAUUCCUUGUAAGUAACGUUUAUUAUACAAAAGAAAAGCAAUAACAAGAAUAUAAACGGGAUUCAUUUUUUUUCGAAUCCUAAGAAAACUAAUAAGUAUUUUUGAAAAAUUUAAACGCAGAAUGAAAGAUUACGUUAGGACCGAGGGUCGAAAGUCCCUGAAAACUUCUAUGUUUAUUUUAAUAAGUUACAGGGGUGAAAAAUUAAGAAAAUUUAAUGUGAUUUUUAGUUUCAAAUAUGUCAUUAAAAAAACCAUUUUAUUCAUUCUAAGGGACUUUCUGCCCUCGGCAAUAAAGUAAUCUUCCAUUCUGCGUUUAAAUUUUUCAAAAAUACUUAUUAGUUUUCUCAGGAUUCGAAAAAAAUGAUUACAUUUAAAAUACAGGCGUCAAAAUUUUACAUUUUGUUCCUUUCCACUUAAAGUUUGUCGCACUUAUUUAGAAACACCCUGAAUUGAUAAAGAACAAAUCUAGUUGUUAAACAUAAGCGAAUUAAUCAAAAAAACAGAAUGUUAAGAAAACCGGAGUCUAUAGUUGGGUUUUAAUUUCAGUAUUUUAUAAAUGCCCGGUACACCAUAAAAAUUUAACUGGUUAGCAACAAUAUUAUUACAGCGGUAUUUUAAAAGAAUUAGGCUAUAACAUAUUAAAAAAUAACUUAAAUCUGCCAACAGAUUUAGGAAAUAUAAGACAUUAAAAAUGAAAAAAAAUUUAAGUGGACGGAUUUCUAUAUGCACGCAAGUUUAUAUAAAAAUAUAUUAUAUUGAACUAAAAUCAUCUUAAUAACAUACCUUUAAAUGUUCUUUAUAAUUUGGAGCACGAAAUAUUGUAAAAUAUUUCAGUUUCUCUGUAAAUACAGUGAAAAUUAUUUAAAAACAAAUGAGAACUGUCAGAAUUAAUCGGUCUACCAGUAGAUGUUGCCAAAUUUCAACUUCAUGGCUUGUUAAGUAAAGGUGGCUAUGAUACCGCUCAAAUCGGUCGUUUUAGCGCCUGCGCAAUGAAAAUUUACAAUAUUUGGCGUGCUACACUCGGAAUGUAAAAAGGAAUAAGGAAUUAAGAAACAGCACGAAAUACUUAUAUUGUUUUGAGUUGUCACUUUUUUUAUUAUUGUAAUACUCUAAUUAUUUACUUUAACUUAUUUAUAUCGACUUAUUCAUCUAAAACUAUUAUGUGAUGUCUUGAACCUGUUCUUGUACUUAUAUAAACGAGUAUUUACAAAAAUGUUGACUUUCGUAAGCUGAUAUUCAGUGUAUUUGUUUAUAAUCUCUGUAGUCUCUUUUGGUAUAUAAAUUGGCUAUUUUACAAUAUAUUAGAUGUCCACACAAACCUUUUAAUAAAUAUUUUAGUUAUUUAUUAAAUUUUGCAAUUAAAAACGAGAAAUAGAUGUCAUCUGUCUGUCAUGUCAAUGUCAAAUUCAUGUCGUUUAUCAAUUGAUAUGUCAAUUGUAUUGCAUUCAACAACAAAAGAUUUGUGUGUAUAUCAGUAUUUACUAGCUUCUUAAAACGUACUUACAUAAUGGAGAGUUAAAUACGACCCAAAUAAUUUUUUUUACAUAUUUUCUAUUAUAUUUUGUUCCAGUCAGCAAUGUAAAAACGCACUUUGAUAGAGAUGAUUGAAACGUUUGUAACAGUUCCUAUUACUAAUAUUUGUUUUAUUUACUUAAUAUUCGAUUGAUUUUAUAAGUUUAUCUUUUAGGAAUAGUAAAUAUUAUUACUUAAAAGAAAGCUAAUAAUAUUAGUCCUAUAAAUCACUGCAAAUAAUGAUAAUAUGCAAUUCUAAACAAUAUUCAAACAUUUACAGAAAAUAUCAUCUCUAUAUGGUAGGUGUAGCUUUGACUCAAGAUCACAUACAGUAACCGCCACGCUACUAGACACACGGGUACAUUGAGCUAAUACAAUAUUGGACCCUUCACUUGUUGCACUCUUUACUUUUAUGUCUAGAACGUGAGAAAAUGUAUAGAAACCAAUAUAAACAUAAAAAGUUGACACAUUAUAGAACAGUUUUAUUUGAAGUUUAUAGUUGUCAUUGUGUUAAAGUUGUAAAAAUUACAAAGUAUUGGUAUAUUGUUGGUAUUUUUAGAGCAAACAGUAGCAAUCAACAGGUAGCAACUUCGGGAGAUAGUAUCAUACCCUUUUUCCUAAGGUCUGCGAAAUUUUGGCUACGGUGGUAAUCGACAUUAUCUAAGAAUAAUAUUUUGACAAUUUCACUCAUAGGCGCGCCAAAUGGAAGUAAUAGAAAACAAUUUUGAUAUUAGUAAAUAAAUCAAACAAAUGAAAUAGAGAAUGUGGAAAAAUCCCCUUACGAACAAUUCACACAUCCACCAUUUCGGGCUGGGAAAAUUUUUUGAAUAGAAUCAAAGAUCCAAACACCAGUUCUUAGAAAUGUGUUUCGCCCUCUUCAACCUCUCUGGGCUCAUCGGUAAAGAUAAGAAGUUGAAUAUCUUUAGACACAUUCCAAUCAAAAAACAACAUUCGAGUUCUAGACAUCGCGUAAAUCCCUAGUAAAUAAAUAUUUAUAAAAAUAAACCAAAAUGGGUGAAAAUUUUAUGUUAACAUAGGUAUUUGCACGAAAUAUAAUAAAUAAUAAUUUCGUUGUCGAACAGCCCUUCAACCCUUCUUAGGGUCUCAUCAGAGGUGCAUAUUUCAUUCUCUUUGAACUACUAAAAUUCGGGCUACCGUUAUCGGUUCACAACCAAAUGAUGGCAUGAAUGCCGUGGCGGUAUCUGCUAAAGACGAACGAAAGUUUUACUUCAAAUAUUAACAAUAUCAAAAAUAAAAAUAAAACUUGUCAGAACAUUUUUUGCUUAGAAUGACCCAAAAAAACACAAAAAAAUGUUUUGUUUUGCGAGAAAUCGCUGUUAUGUAAUUCCUCAAGUUCUUUGUUUAUAACAAUCUUAUCGACAUCCGGAUCAACUGUUAUCCAAAAUAUUCGUGUUCUACGGGUCAAAAUACAUAAAAAACUUGGGUAAGUCCAUCUGAAUAAAGGAGGCCGUUGUACCCCCACUGGCGACAGGACUUUGAAUAUCUACCUAAAAAAAUUGGCAUUUGUACUGUAGUCAGGAUUUCUGUACCUAAACAUAGAUUUAUUACAAAUUUCAUUUUCAUGGGAAACAACUUUUCACACUUUUUUUAUUUAUGCCAACAGUAGAUUACUUCUCAUAGGUACUUACAUUAUUAAAAUUUGUGGUGGCUCCAAUUUCGAUGUUCUCAUAAUUUUGGCACGCUUUUUAAUGGACUUUUUCUUGGAAGGAUACGCUUUAUUUUUCGUUUGAUUAACUUUUCCCAUUUUGUUAAACUAUUGAUAAUAUUUUUAGAAUUAAAAAUCCUUCUAAAACUUUAUAUACUCGCAUUAGAAUUCGAAAUAUUUUUACGUAAAAUAUACUUACCUACCUACAUAUAACUAAAACUCACAAUUAACAACAAUCUAUUUUCAAAAAGGCCAACAACUUAUACAACAACAACAAAAUAUAAUAAAUCAACUAUCAACAAACACACUUUCCUAUGAAACAACAAUAACGAAUUCUUAAAUUAACACACUACUGCACUGAACAGAUAUCGAUAAAGAUGACAGAACAGAUUAGAGAAAAUCUGACGCAGGCUAUGACAGUGAUAAUUUCUCUAUGUUGCCUAAUUAGUUAUUAGUUAUAUGUUCGAUUUCUUGUUAGAAAUAAAAAAAUUUAGUAGUCCCAAGAUUACACAAAAUCUAGGAAUGGGAUAAAAAAGUUUAUUUUUUUGUUCUUGUUAAUGGCGGUACAGGCUCGUUUUUUAAACGCUUUUCUUUACUUCAAUAGUUUGCAUCAAAUCUUUAGACGUUAAUUUGACUGACUUUUCUUCAAUGCAAAUGAAUGAAAAUUUGCAGACAUAUGCAUUCGCGGAAAUAAUACACGAAUAAUCAAUAAAAAAAAAUUUAUUUUUAUUAAUUGUUUAAAUAAAAAAAAGAUUUUAAUGGAAAAUGCUUAAAUACUCUUGUUUUUUACAAUGUAGAAACUUGAAACUUUUACGGAUUGUAGCUAAUGAUAUGAACUAUACAUAAUUUCACUUUUUACGUUAUUUGUUUACGUUAUGCUUCAUAAAUAAACAAUAAAGUUUCAAAUUUUGAACGCUCAUAUAUUUGUUUAUACAUAUAUAAAUCGGAGUUUAUUCGUGUCAAAUUUCAAUACGAUACGAAAUAAAACUUCAAUCAAAACUCGAAUUCAAAAAUUUCGUGUUUUUAUUGUAGUCUUAGAAAAACCACCGGUAGAGACGUUUUGUGCUACAAUUAACAUUAGAAUUCGUUUUGUCGUAUAAUCAAUUAAACGCUUUUCUUUAGUUCAAUCGUUUGGGUCAAAUCUUUAGACGUUAAUUUGACUGCCUUUUCUACAAUGCAAAUGACUAAAAAUUUGCAGACAUAUGCAUUCGCGGGAACAAUACACGAAUAGUAAAUAAAAACAUUUUUUGUUUAUUAUUGUCUAAAUAAAAAAAAACGAUUUUAACGGAAAAUGCUUAAUUUCUCUUGUUUUUUAUAAUGAAGAAAUUUGAAACUUUUACAGAUUGUGGCUAAUUAUAUGAACUAUACAUACUUUCACUUUUUACGUUAAUUGUUUACGUUAUGCUUCAUAAAUAAACAAUAAAGAUUCAAAUUUUUUGCCGAUUCCGACUACUUUUCAUGUUUGUACAUCAUAUUUUUUAUAGGUACAUAUUUUAAUAAACAUGACGAUAUAUUUUAUUGUUUGAAAAGUGCAAGACUAAAAGUAAAAAAUAAAAAAAUAUGAAAAAAAAUUUUUUAAGAAACGCUUUUCCUUAGUUACGAGUGACUAAAAUUAAACAUAUAGAAAAAUCAACUAAAAAGCAAAAAAUAAAAAAAAGUGAAAAAAUCUAACACAUUCGUUAAAGUUGUUCUGAAGCUAUUUUUCUUUAACAUUCGUUAAAGAAAAGUGUGGUGCGAAAACCGUUUAUUCGAUGAAGACGCGCCAUGCUUUUCUUUGACAAAUGUGUUAGAUUUUUUUUUAUUUCUUACUUUUUGGUUGAUUUUUUAUAAUAUGUUUAAUUUUAGUCACUCGUAACUAAAGAAAAGCGUAUCUUAAAAAAUUGUUUUUCAUAUUUUUUUAUUUGAUAUUGUAUUUAAUUACAGAGUAAUUUCCACAUACUAAUAUAUUUCUCAAUUUGGGCUCUGUACCGCCAUUCUUUAUUAUAUUACGAAUAUGUGUGCCAAAUAUCUCGACAAAAUAUUCAAAAUUACAGCCGCAAUCUUGGAACGCGUUUGUUGCUACCUGUUGAUCGCUACUGUAGCCACUGAAUAAAGUUUUUUUAAAGCAAGGUAACAAUAGUUUCAUGACAGUCACAGGUAAGAACGGGCCGGAUUAACCCAAGCCUAGCAAUUACGUACCCAGGCCCGUGCGCAGAAUUCGUUUAUGGGGGGGGGGGGGGUUUGACAUAUGUGUAUCAUGUUAGGUUAUGAAGUUAAUAAAAAAUAAUAAGAAACUUUUCUUAUAAAUGAAGACAUUUUAUUGUGUCUUGGUCUUGACUUGAUAUUCAGUUAUUAUAUAAUAAAUUAACUCUGCGAGGUGUAGAAAAAAACUUCUCCAAAACUCUUUGCGGAUCGACCUCGACAUCGCGAUGUAUAUUGAGCGAAGCUAAUCCGUUCAGCCGAUCUUCAGACAUUGUUGACCUGAGGUAAGUCUUGAGGCGACGCAAUGUUGAAAAGGAGCGUUCAUUCGUUGCUGUCGUUACAGGCAGAACUGCCAAAAUGCGAAGCAUUUGAUGUACAUUUGGAAACGCAUCUCCAUUGCACACAUCGAGUGCUUCAAGCGAAUUUUUAACGUUCUUUCCGGCGAUGCGUUGACGCCAAAGUUUGACUUCGUCUACCCAGAUGUCUACCCAGAGUUAAUAGACUUUUUUAUAAUGAUUUGUCUUUAUGUUAUUUAUAACGUUCAUGGAUUAUAUUCGUUUGUAUGUUAUUUCGUUCGGUGUAAAUAAAAUUUGUGUAUUAUCUACCUAUUAUUGGUUUUUAUUUUAACAUUUUAACCUGAAAAUGGUAGUGAUAAUCGGAGGAUCUUGAAAAUUUUGUCUGUCGAAACAAUGCAUUUUUUGAGACAUAUUUCACAAAAAUUAACAUUAAUUUUAUAAAAGUCAGACUGUCGGUCUGUAGUUAAUUUACAUAUUAUAUUUUUAUUAACUAAAUUUAAACAUCAGUUAGCCCACAAACGAUGCUUUGCGUUUCCACUCCUUCUUACAGGUCUCCAUAAUCGAUACUAUCGAUGGUUGCAUUCACAAUGACACUGAUAAUAGGAGGUAAAAAAGGCGGGAAAAUUCAAAAAAAACGUGCACAAGAUCGAGAAAGUUGAGAAUGUCGAAACAAAAAUUGACAACAAAAUAUUUAUUAUCAAGUCGGUUUGACUUUCGUAGAAUAAGGACUAUUGCUAGUGGAAAAUUAUGUGGAAAAAUUCUCGAUGGGGGGGUUAGAACCCCCAAACCCCCCCCCCCUGCGCACGGGCCUGUACGUACCCAUGUGUCUACUAGCGUGACGCUUACUGUAUAAUCGAAACAGCAUCAAAUUUCCUUCACGUGACUCUUCCAGAAGGCAUUUAACGUGUCUUGUUUUGGUUAUUUCUACUGCAUCUCGAUUUUAAAUUAAUUUAGUAUAGGUAGAAAUCAAACGGUCAAUAUUGUUUCACAUUGUUCAAUAUAAAAAAAUAGUAUAUUUGUUAUGAAAAAGUGAAAUUAUUUAUAAUUUUAUUAAUUUCAACAUAACUGAGACAUUCGGCAACGCUGCUUGACGUUUAACAGUUCUAAAAUAUCGGUAUCAUAAUGUAAUCAAUACGAAAAUGUCAUUUAGCCGGUUUGAUUUUUGGUUAGUGGUGAUUUAAUUUAAUGAACUAAUUUGUUAAUAUUAUAGGGAAAUUAUUUAAUUUACUAUAACUUAUAUUAAGAUUUUUUAAGUGAAAUUUUAUAUAUUUUUAAACUAUUUCAGAGAGAAUGAUGCCCCUAUGUGAUAUUGUGAUUAGCUACAAAGGUUUAUUCAACCACUAGCUUCUUCUCUUUCAAAUAAUGCAUGAAAGAACUUUUGGUAAAAUAAUGCAACCUUUUGAAUUUUGAUCAAGUGAUGGAAAACCUAUAUCAAAUUGACUAUAUUCUGUGAACAUAAUUUGUAUGGCUUUUUGGAAUAAAAUAUAAUAGUUGAAAAUAUAUCAACUUUUUCCUAUAUUUCAUACAUUUUUUUUACUUUUCAAACCGAAAAUCUUCAAAAUUGAUAUGUUGGGUGCGCCACAUGAUACAAUAACCAAAGAUAUGACACGCAGCGUUCCUAAUUUCGUUCAGGUCGCGCAUGACGUCACGUUGUGAGUAGAUCACAUUUCGAAUGCAUUGCCAUUAUGAUUUGGGGAUUUUAGCUUUUAAUAUCAGUUGUGAAAUUUUCGAGAAGUGCUGUUUUGUUUAGUAUGAUUAAAUAUAAUUAUUGAGAACAUAAUCUAAUAAUAGAAAUCAAUUACAAACAUGAGUUUUUAUUAUUAGGCAAGAUAGGUCUUAUUAUAUAUUAUACUGUAUAAUACACAGCGUUGCUCUCUACUGUCGUUCUGAAGCUAUUUUCUUGUGGCAUUUUUGUAAUUAACUAUUUUUAAUGAGAAAUAAGCCACAAUUUUACCAAAAAAAGGAUUUUAUUAACGUUUCGAUGUCCAAAUCGGAUGCCGUUCUUAAAAUACAAAAAAUAUUAAUGAAUUAAACAAAAAUUCUUGUAAUAAUUUAUUUAAUCUGUGUCAUUUAUAUCGGCAAUUCAGACUUAAUAUAUUAUACAUUUUAAAGUAGAAGACUUUAAAAUGAUAUUGCCAAUUGUUCCAGGAAAAAACCUCGUAAUACUAUCAUGACAUCGUAAGUAUUAGUUCUUACUAUUAUUAUCGUAAGUAUUAUAUUAGAAUCUGGUAUUAGUUUUGAGAGUAAACUAAAGUAAGACCUAAUACUGACGAUGUCGGGAUAGUAUCACGAGGUUUUUUCCUGGUUUUCCCUCGUGACUUACUAUGGAAUCUCUAACGCGAGAAUUUUACUGUCACCGUUGCAUGUGGUUGUAUUUUUAAAGACAGAUCACAUGCUAUGAUUUUUUUCUGUGACGGAUAUUCUUGAGUUGGGGUUGAUUUCAUGUAAUCGAAUUAACAAUUGGCAAUAUCAUUUUAAAGUCUUCUCCUUUAAAAUGUAUAAUAUAUUAUGUCUGAAUUGCCGAUAUAAAUGAGUCAGAUUAAAUAAAUUAUUAGAAGAAUUUUUUUUUACUUGGCAACAACAUUUUUGUUUAAUUCAUUAAUAUUUGUUGUAUUUUGACAACGGCAUCCGAUUUGGACGUCGAAACGUUAAUAAAAUCAUUUUUUAGUAAAAUUGUGGCUUAUUUCCCAAUAAAAAUAGUUAGUUGCACUCUACCAGAAUCCACUUUGCCUUUUCCCGCUUUGGCUAAAUUUUGGGAUGAAAUAGCUUCUUUUUGUUAAGGCAUCGAAAUUUUUAGGAGAAUUUUUGCAUUUUGCGUUUGUUAACGUUGUUUGCGUUUUGUUAACGUUAAAAUUUUCUGCACGUUUACGUUUACAUAAUUGUUUUCACACACAUCGCACUUUUUUGUCUUUUGGGAAACUAAAAAACUUAAUAUUCGUAUCGAAAUCUUGUGAUUGAUUGUCCACAUUACAACCAAACACGGCACACCUCAUUUUUAAUAAAAGUUUAACAAAUUAUAAGUAAAAUUCACCUUAAACAAAAAAUAAACACCGUUUACUAUACGACAGCACUGAAUUUAAUGCUGUUCUACUCACAGAGUGACGUAGCUACAUAUGCCCCGCCCACCGACUCCAUCUCAUAUCUUCAGUUAUUGUAUCAUGGGUGCGACAGGUAAUAAGUUACUACAAAAAAGCAACACCUUCAUUAUCUUUUUGGUGUCAAUUGUGCCACGCUUAAAAUUAAUAGAAUUAAAAUGAGUUUUUAUAUGAAUACCAGCUUUUUGUAUUAUUUUUCAAUUGUUGUGUGUCAUAUAUCAUCUAUUUUACACCUUGUUGUCAUGUAUUGUGAUUAUCUUCAUGUAAUGUUUGCAUUUUUGUUCGAAAAUGACUAUUAAGCUUGUCACGCACGGGGAGCUAUACUGUAAUAUGUAUAUAUUAUAUUAUAUCAUAUCGCUCUCUAUUAUAGUAAUGAGUGAGCCUGCAUACACGGAAUAUUAUAGUAUAGCUCCCCGUGCGUGACAAGCUUUAAACGUCAUUUGCCAUCUUUAACAAAGCUGACAAAUUAUGUUUCUGUCAUUUGAAAUUUAUGUCCUGCCUUGGAGCAAUUCCUAUGUCACCUGUCAAUUGUAUGAUGCUUAAAAGUAUUAAAAUAGAUUUCUAUGUGAGUAGAAGCUUUUUAUAAUGCCUUUCUUUUGUAGUGACUUGUACAAUCACCUAUUUUUCUUCUCUGUUAACACUUUAUAUGCAUAUAACAUCUGUUCAGUCACUUGUUAUUUAUUCCUUUCAUGGAGCAAUUGAUGUGUCAGCUGUCAAUUGUGCCAAGAUUAAAAAAUAGCUUUGUUCGCAGAGACAGUACAUGACUGGUUUCUGACAGAUUUGCUUGCACAGUUCCGUUUUCAAGCGCUUGAAAACGGAACUGCGCAUGCGAAUCAGUGAGACAUCAGUCAUGGACUGUCUGCCAACAAAGCUAUAAGAUAAGUAUAUAAUAGAAGCUUCUUACACAUCUACUGUCACUUAUUGUGAUUAAAUUCAGGUCAUGUCAUGAAUAUAUACGAAAAUACCUGUAAAGAAUAAAAUAUUCAUUCAAUAUACAGGGUGUCCUCGAAAAUAGUGCGUUCCUUAAAGGUAUAGGUAGAAGGUACAAUGUAGAGCAAAAAAGUCCUAUAACAUUUUUUUCUAAUUGAUCCGUUUGACCAAAAAACGAAAAUAUAUUUUGAUAUGCAAAUUAAAGUCUGGCAACAACGCGCAACUCAAAAAUCUAGGUAGGUCAGUUGCAUCUGGUAGGUAAAAUAAUGUAAAUAUCAACCAAACCCAUAUCCAUUAUUUUGCAGGUAGGUACCUACGAUGUCAACAACCCCAAAAAUCGCACCUCAAAGUAAAUAAACAAGGGGUUAUUAGCUUAAAUUUCCACAGUCACAGCAAGUUCUUCUAGGCUACGUUGCCAUGUCAUUAAAAUUUAUGAAAAUAAAAAUUCACUUAUAUGGAGAGCAAUGUAAUUUUUUUCUUGGAAACGGUCAACUUUAGAAAAAAAUGUUAUAGGACUUUUUUGUUCUAAACUGAAGGGGUAUAACCAGGAUGAUCCUAAGGGGGGGGUUACAUUUACUUGAAGGUCUCUGGGGGGUAUGGAAUAAUGGUGUUAAGCGUAUAGAGCUCAAAGUACAUCCAAAAGGGGGGGGGUUAUAACCCCCAAAACCACCCCCUGGUUACGCCUAUACUAAAUUGUGUAUUGUAUCCAUACCUUAAAGGAACGCACUAUUUUCGGGGACUUAGAUUUUCUAAAUAGUAACUUAUUCCUGUCGACCGGAUUUCUAAUAAACUUGUUACAUUGUUAUCUACACUUAUACCAACCAAUAGGUAUUAGUUGUCGUCUUCCACAAUAAUAUCCUCGUUUACAAAGGAGUGUUUUAUCCUCUCCUAUAAUAUAGCGACAUAACUUAUUCCAUUUAGUACUUAAAGACAUUUUUUUGGUAGUACCUUCAGUUUUUUUAUGCUUAAGUCUGAUAUUUAACAAAAAAAAAGAAUAUUCGGAACUUUUUGACAGAAUUGUACCGCUGUAUUUUAAUCGCACUCUCGUUUUCAAUUAGGAGCAACCAUUGGACUGUUUGAAAUAUUUUUAGUACAGUAAACGCAAAACAGAUGUCGUUUUACGUCAUAUUUCACGUCAGCAACAGCAUCAUACAUUAGGAUAACGAAUGUCUAUGACGUAUGACGAAAAUUGUUUUGCAGUUGAUGAUUUUUUGCACCCGGAAUAUAAGUUUUCUUUUUAAAUUUUUUGUACUUUAUUUUCAGUUUUAUCCGUGUAUAACUUGUGAUAAAAAAACCUUAGCAAAUUUAUAGGCGUUAUGGAAGAAGUACUAUUGUACUUCAAAGUACCUCCUAGAAGCCACUAGAAUCAGAAUACUUGAAACAUACAUAGGUCAAACUAGUUGGUAUAAUAAUUGUAUAAAUAUUUGCAAAGAUAGCCGUACGAAAUUUUGAAAGUAUCAUAGAAUUCUCUAAUAGAUCAAAUCUACCGCUGCUAACUAGCCUUUUAUAGAGAAAUUCUAGUAUUGUCAAUACUACAUCCAGUUUUCUAAAAACGUAGAUUAUAAUAUAUAAAACAUAAAUCAUUCGUAUCAUGAAACAUAACGUCGACAAACACAAUUGCUGCAAUUGUAGGCAACCGGUAACACACAGUGUAUUGGUUGCCACACUGUUGUACAAUUAUAUUUAUACACAAUUUACAGUAACUUUUGUAUUUUGAAGUAUUUGAUUCUUGUGAAAAAUAUACUAAUAAAAGUGUGAUUUUUACCAAGGUCUGUCAGCUUGCAUGUACAGUUUGUUUUUGAAUCAUUUUCAAAGUUUACAUGUGCAAUAAUAUAUUAUGACAGUUAGGAGGCAAGCUGAGAGAUUAGUGAUUUAUUAAAAAAUUUAUGUACUAUAACCUAGUGAUGUUACAAGUCAUGUGCUUAACGAAGAAACAAUUUACUUUUAUUCAACUCCGGCAAAUGAUUUUAAUCAAAUUAGAUAGGUAGAACAAUCAAGAUGCAAACAAACGGAUAAAACAAAAUGACAAAAAUCAAAGGACAACAAAAUGAUUAACUACCACUAAAUAUUCUUUCUCCUUCCACCAUGAAGGGGAUAUUGAUCCCUGUCUCUCGGACCUUCAGUAUGAUUGCUUCUGUCUUUUGUGAAGCAUAUUUUAGAUAUUAUCUGUUUGCUAACCAAACAUUAACCCUUUUUUCUAACGCAUUGUUUGCCGAGUUCAUGAUAAGCAGGUUAUCAUACUAUUAAAUCAUCUGCGUAUGACACGGCCUGUAUCCCUUGUCCUAUAGAUCUUCUAGAAUCUAGAAUGUCGUUAUAAAAGAUAUUGCAAAACAUCGGUUUGACAACCGAACCCUGUGGCACACCGUGUGUCUCCAUUAUAUUGCCCUUUGCUGUGCUUAUUUGUCUUUUUGUGAAGUAUUCCUUUACUAAAUUUUGAAGGUAUGGAGAUACUUCCUAAUAUCUUCAUAUAUUUAUUAUUGUUUUCGAGCUUGCACAAUUAAAGGCAUUUUUAAUAUCUAAAAAGAAGACUACCAUUCCCCUACUUCUACAUGUGGCCGUUAUUUCUAUUACUCCUCCCACUGAGUCUAUUGUAGAUUUCCCUUUCCUAAACCCAUAUUGCCGUUCAGAUAUUCCUCAGUUUUCUGUUACUUUUUACUAUUUUUAUUAAUAUUUAUAGGUUCCUGCCCAAUAGGACUUUUCAACGCUUCUCAUUUGUUUCGAGCUUCUGUCAUAUGUCAUAUAUUAAUAUUAUAAUAUAUUAUAAUAUAUUGGAAAGUCCUGUGUAUUUAGUAGACACAUGUGCCUAAAAGUCUCUUGUUAAUCGAUUUCUUUGCCAGGUUUUGGAAUGAGUAAUAGGUUAGCUAGUUUCCAUUUUUUAGGGAAUACUUGUCUUCUUAGAAGAUCAUUCGUGAUUUCUUUUUAUUCUGGUAGGUAUAAUUUUGUCUGGACCUGGUGCUUUUCCAGCUUUCAAUGUGUUUCAUGCUACCACAAUGUCUUCUGUUGAAAAUCCAGUUAUUGGUGUUCUUGUUUGUGAUGGUCUUAUAGCGAUACGCUUUAAUUACUAUUUUUGCUAAUUUAAUUUUCUUAAUCUUUAAUAACUUUUCUCAAAACGAAAUAACAUUAGUCAUUUAAAAUUCACAAACCAUAUGCCAACAAGGGCCGUUGAUUUCGAGAAACGAAAAUGUAUCCCCAAACAGAUUGUAGAAGAUUAAUGUUUUUUUCAAGGAAACACUAAUUGAUUACAAUGCCAGAUUGCCACACUCUUCAUGUCAACUUCUUAAAAUACAAAAAGGUUCUCAUCUUUUAAAAGGCAGAUGCAGUAAUUUAUGGCUCUUCUGGCCAUUAUCGCAAAACCGCAAACCAGUUGACAUAAUAGUUGGUGGUCCGGCAAAGUCAGUCUCUACACAGCAUGCGAACGAUUCAGACACACCCUCGCUCUCGCUAACAAUACCCUUUCGAGAUAUAAGCAAAACACCACGCUUGUUUACCCAAAAUAAAUAAAUAUAUUACUGUUCGUUGUUACACUUAUUUUUAAUUAAUUCCGUCAACACACACCACCGGAAUAGUCUAAAAUUAAUGAUUUCUCUUUUUCGAAAUAAUCCCGCUGCUAGUUCUUUUCUAUGGCUUUCUUCAGUUUUUAGAAUUUUAAAAUUAUUUAAAUAUUUUAUUCAUUUAAAUCAUUUUAAACCGUCUCUGUGAUUUAAUCUAUUUGUAACACUUAUAGAAGAUCAUGUUAGAGAAAACAGCGGAUUUGCUAAGAAAGUAUUUUUUUCUAAUCAUAACCUCAAAAUAAAAGCGUGACGUAAAAUUAACAUGGCUUCCAUGAUUCUAGCAAAUAAAAUGUAUGACUUGUGACAUCACUACUUAAUAAUUUAUUGGAGAAAAAUGACCUAAAAGUGAUUUGUAAUUAAUUUAUUUUAACGGUAAAUCCAAGUAUGUAAUUUAAAUAAUAAAGAAUAUAUUUUA